GAUGGUGUUUGUGAAAAUGAGUGAUGUACAAUAUAAUUAAAUAAUGAGUGAGGGAGAACUAAAUAAACAGAAAGCUUGCUGUUCCAUUUACUUACAAGCUUAAGACCUAACCAUCUUGCCUACAUUCUUUUCUGUAAAAACCUGUCCAAUAAUGUUGGGCCAUCCUUCUAAAGACAAUUGGGUAGGCAUAUCUGGAGCAAACAGUAUUCUACCAUCAGACACUCCUUCUGCAGAGAAGAUGGUGUGUGUUUUUAAAUCAGAGCAUGUGUCCCUGGCACAGUCUAGAUUGAUUUCUUCUUGAAUUCUAGAGUUGGAAUACUACAAGACUUUUGUGUGUCAGAAUGGCUUAAGAAUCCUGAGCAGUGGUCAUAGCGAUCCAGUAUGUAGAGACCAAGAGAAACUGUUUCCUGAGGGUCAUUUGUAUAUGAAAAUCAGUACACGCUGGUAACUUGUAAAAUGAACAAAAAUAAACCUGAUAACUCAAAAAGUCUUGCUUGUGUUUUCUGUCGAAAAAAUGAUGACUGUCCCAAUAAAUACGGAGAGAAGAAAACUUAUGAGAAAUGGAAUUUCAGUGUCCAUUACUACUGUUUGUUAAUGUCAAGUGGAAUUUGGCAGAGAGGUAAAGAAGAAGAAGGAGUUUAUGGCUUUCUAGUAGAAGACAUCAGGAAGGAGGUCAACAGAGCUUCUAAACUGAAGUGUACAGUUUGCAAGAAAAAUGGUGCUUCAAUUGGAUGUGUUGUACCCCAAUGUAAACGAAGUUAUCACUUGCCCUGUGGACUUCAGAAAGAAUGUAUUUUCCAGUUUACUGACAAUUUUGCGUCAUUUUGCUGGAAACAUCGUCCAGUUCAAGCAAUUACAUCUAAGUAUAGAGACUCUUUACCAUGUACCAUCUGUUUAGAAUUUAUUGAGCCCAUUCCUUCAUAUAACAUACUGCAAAGCCCCUGCUGUAAGAAUGCUUGGUUUCACAGAGACUGUUUACAGGUGCAAGCAAUAAAUGCAGGAGUGUAUUUCUUUAGGUGUACACUAUGCAAUAAUACCGACAUCUUUCAGAAAGAGAUGUUGAGAAUGGGAAUUCAUAUUCCUGAAAAAGACGCAUCCUGGGAAUUAGAAGAAAAUGCCUAUGAAGAACUGCUGCAGAGCCAUGACCGCUGUGACGUUCGAAGAUGUCACUGCAAAGAAGGGCGAGACUAUAAUGAACCGAAUAGCAAAUGGGAAGUAAAGCGCUGUCACUGUUGCGGUUCGAGUGGGACCCACUUAGCCUGCUCCUCUCUACAGUCAUAUGAACAAAACUGGGAGUGUUUGGACUGUAGAAGAAUCAGCUACAAUCCAGAUUUCCGAAAGGCCUCCAAACACCCAUUAGCCAACUCUACUAAUGUGACCGUUACUGAUUGCCUGUUGGAAGAGUCCUCACCUAAGCUCCCCAGACAGUCACCUGGAGCCCAGCAUAAAGAAUUACUGAGGCAAGGCAACAAAUUUAGGAGAGACAUUUCAACAAUAUUGGUAGAGUUAGGAGCCCAAAUUAAAAAGAAAGCUAAGAGAUUAUACAUCAACAAAGCCAGUGUGUGGAAGAGUGCCUUAGAGCAGUUCCAAAGCCAGAGGUUUAACCCUUCAUGCACCAUUGAAGUAGUAUAUGUUAAUGAAAAUGAAAAAUUUGGAAGAGAGCAUCCUGGAUCAAAGCAGGAAUUUCUGAGUCACUUAAUGCAACAUCUUGAGACUUCACCUUUGUUUGAAGGGCCCUUGUCAAAGAACUUGACUCUAAAUUCUCAAGCUCUGAAAGAGAACCUUUACUAUGAAGCUGGCAAAAUGCUUGCCAUUUCUUUAGUUCAUGGUGGCCCUGCACCCGGCUUCUUCUCUGAAACUUUGUUUAACUGUCUUGCUUAUGGACCAGAAAAUACUCUUCCAAUAUUGGAUGAUGUUUCAGACUUUGAUGUGGCACAAAUUAUAAUCAAGAUAAAUACCGCAGCCAAUUUGAACAGUUUGAACUCAGUAAUAAACGAAUGCUAUAGCUACCUAGAAGUUAUUGGAUGUUUAAGACUUAUAACAACAUUGAGUGAUAAAUAUAUGUUGGUAAAAGACAUCCUUUUCUACCAUGUAAUUAAGAGAGUCCAAGCACCCUUUGAGAGUUUUAAGCAGGGUCUGAAAACGCUUGGUGUUUUAGAGAAAAUUCAAACUUACCCAGAAGUAUUUUAUAACAUCCUUUGUCAUAAACCUGAGAAUCUUUCUGCAAAAAUCCUUAGUGAUCUUUUCACAGUCCAGGGAUUACCAGAUGUACAAACUUUGAGAUUUUGGAACAGUUACUUACAGGCUAUAGAAGAUGGUAAAUCGGCAACAACAAUGGAAGACAUUCUUAUUUUUGCAACUGGAUGUAGUUCCAUCCCACCUGCUGGAUUUAAACCCUCUCCUUCAAUUGAAUGUCUACAUAUCGAUUUUCCUGUUGGGAACAAAUGUAACAACUGUUUAGCUCUACCAAUCACCAACACAUAUAAAGAGUUUCAGGAAAAUAUGGAUUUUGCCAUAAAAGACGCUCUAAGACUAGAAAAGGAAGAAGAGUCUCGCUCACUCCCUUGGACAUUAAAGGAUACUUCUAAUGAAGAAAUGCUUCUUUAAAGGCUGCUAUUAAUAACUGUAUCUAUCAAUCAUCACUUUUGAACAUUCUGGCCAGCUUAUUGGCUCAAUAAAAUUUAUGUCUCUCUUCUAAAGGGAUGUUUUGGCUUCUGAACCACGGAGGGUUUGGUCAAGACAUUCUGGUGGUAUUUGGUGAUAGCUUUCUGUUACUGUGCUUUCUUUAUGACGUCAGUGUAAAUAUUCUUCCAAUGGUUGUACGAACUAUUCAUCUGUACAGGUGCUCCACUAUGUCAGCAUGACAUAAGAAACCCUGGGUCCUCGCUUUUCAAGUUAGAUUCACUGGUGUAGAAUGAACGACACAGCUUUUGCGGUUUUCCAUUUUUUUGUUUGUUUGUCUCUUUUUUGUUAUUUGUUUUUCUCUACAUAGCCCUGGUUGUCCUGCAACUGGCUAUGUGGAUAAGGCUGUCCAAUUUCUAUAUUUUAAAGCAUUAAAUAGAAAAGUUUGAAAGUCAUCUCAUAAAUCAGAGAUAUGGACAUGCUUUUCUAUGAUUUAAUUUUUAAAUGUUUUUGUAAUUAAGUGACCAAUCCAACAAUUAAGUACCGACUAGUUGGAAAUCCUGUAUAAAAAGCAGAGCUAUACAAAUAACUCUGGAAUUUAUGGGUACUGCUGAUAUGUUUGCAGGUGUACUUUUAAAUGCCUUAGAAAGUACAUCUUGUUCAAUGCCUUGUAUAGUCAGUGUGUCUCACAUGUCUGAACAAUGUCUGACUGUCGUGGUUUGGCUACAUUACAGCUAUUUAUUAUCAAGAUUGUUGUACGAUUGGUAAGAUCUUACCAUAGCAUUCUAUAUUUACUUUCUUUGCUUUCAAAAGUUACAUUGUAUAAGCAAUAAAUAAAUAAUUUAAAACUACAAAUAGUAAAAAAAAAAAAGAAACAAAAAACAAACUCUAAUUUUGCCCAUAGAUAUGUGUAAUGUAUUUUGUAUAUUCUUUAUAAACUAUUUAUUUUUCGAUUUUUAUUGUUUUUGUGAUAGGGUGUGUCUGUUCUAAAUCUGCAGUCCUCCAGCCUUAGUCACUUAGAUGCUGGGGUUGUGAUGUACACCAAUGUUCUCAGCAAUGGUUAUUCUUUUGACUAUAUGAAUAAUACAGAAGGAACAGGGAAUCGCGCACUUAAGGCAGCUCAAGAUAUACAUAGUCUCUCGCAGGGCCUCAUGGCACACACCUGCAACCCCUGCUCUUGGGAGGGUAAGUCAGGAGGAUCGGGAGUGACAGAACAAUUUUAAGGCCACUGUGGGCUACAAGAGACCCUGCCUUGACAGAUAAGUGGAGGAGCCACUCACAGUAACGUCUUCAUUUGUGGCCUUACAAAUCUAGUGCCCUAAUCUAUUAUAAAAUAUAAGGAAGACGAAGCCCCAAGUUUCACUUUAAAGUAUCAUGGGAGUUUAAGGGGAAAAAAAAAAAAA